GCUGCAUCUGUAAAUCAGAUUUCUGGCCUUGUGCUGCUGCAAAACAAUCUGCGUGAGUUGUGACUGUGUACCUCCUUGAUUGCUGCUUCUAUUUGCAAUUUUGCACCCUGAAAAAUCCUAGGCAUUUCUAAUUAACAUAAUCAUAGCUCUUCACAUGUUCAGAGUUCUGAUAUCUGAAGGAACCUGUGGGCGUUAAUGUUGCUAGUCAUGGUGGGCUCCAAAGCCUCCAGCCAGCCUAGUGUCUUGGUGGGCCCACAAGGCAGUGUAAUCAAGCUACUCCCCCUUUCCCCCUGCUUCAAGCCUUCCACCCAUUUCAAAAUUUGAAAUCCCUGUCGUCCCCCGGCGCUUAUAUAUGCACACGCCCUCCUCGCCAGCACGCAACACACGCAGCGCCUCCCACCGCUGCAUGGGCAAAGCCAUCUCCCUCCUCCGACCACCGCAACUACCACGAGAGGACGAGGCGGGGAUGAUGGAGCUGAGGAAGCGCCCGAGGACGCCGCGCGUCGACCCGGACUUCGUCUCGUCCCCGCCACCACCACCGCCGAGGAAGCGGGCGCGGAAGCAGGCAGCGCCGACGAAGCCGAAGGAGGCUGCGGGUCCGGCGAAGCGACAGCCGCCGACGAAGAGGCCGAGGCGCCCCGCGGUGGGCAUCGGGUGCCCCGUCGCGGGGCUCCAUCGUGUGACGUGCAGCCGCCAGCCGCCGCUGCGCACGUCGACGCGCGUCCUCUUCCGCCCUCGCCGCCCCUUCAACUGGUAUGAGCCAGACAUGUGGACGGAGGUGGCCAAGCACUUGUGCGGCUUCGACCUGCUGCGCCUCUCCUUCACCUGCCGCUGGUUCCGCCGCCUCCUCGCCGACGACUCCAUCUGGCGCUACGCCUUCUUUCGCGACCUCGAUCUCUCCGACGCCAACCCACGCAUUCAUCGCCCGUUCUACCGCUCCUGGCGCCGCCUCUACUUUGCCGCCUUCGAUGGCACCCACGCGUACUCGCUCUGCCAGAGCGGCGAGCACCGCAGUUCGUGGCGGAUCGGGUCAUUCCUGCUGGACUCGCCUCAGAUGCUGCUGAUGGGGAAGCUGCCGGUGCCGAGGUGGCUGCCGCCGGAUCCUGAGGACUUGCAGCUCGGCGUCGCGAUGAUGGGCGCCUGCAAGCUCCACAACGCCCGCCCCGGAAUCUGGAUCACCGACAUGCAUGUGAUGCGAUGCCCCAAGUGCAACCUCAACAGCUGCCGAGGGAACAUGCAGAUUCUGGACGCACGCCACUCUGAGCUGUUCCUGGAGGAGGCGUACUGGGAUCAGACCUGGGAGUACGAGGAACUCGGCGAGCACUUCCAGGACGAGGAGGUCGCCGACGCCUUCUGUGCCAUCAUCAACGCAAAGCACCUCGCUUCCCCAUCCACUGCAGUUGUUCUCAGCAAGUCCUGGGCCGGGAAGCGCGACGACCUGCUGACCAAGCAGUGUGCCUCUGCAACCGGUGCUGCCAUCCACACCAACCUCCAGUCCAAUGCAGGGUUGGUGUCCCAGUUCGAGGCGAUGCGGGACACAGCCCGGGACGGGCAGAUCGUGUCCGUGAGGAUCUCGCAGGUGCUCUUAUGAUUCUUCCCUCGGUCCAUCGGUUCUCGCAGUGGAUUCCUUCUGCACCGUAGAAUGUGUUAACGCCUAGCUGCUGUGAGUUAUGCUAGAAUAGAUCAGGCCUCUAUGUUAUUGCUAUACCGUUUUCUAGAUUAUAGAGAUGAAGUUGAUCAGAUUUCGGCUUAAUGUAAUGUCGUGCUUCACUUCGAAGCUCGGCAAUUUUCUGAUGUUAGUGUCGUGUAGAGUUUAAGUUUAGCAUUGUACAUACUGGGAUAUACUUGUUUACUUAUUGGUUACCCAUUGUUAUACUAUAAACAAA